AUGUUAAGGCUGGAAAUGUUUCUGCUCCUGUUGAUUAUAUCAACCAUUGGAAUCGACGGUCGAGCUCUUCGUAAACGACGUGGUAUAUGGCCAAAUAUUCUUGCCCCAGGUGGAAAUACUUUUGCAACAAGUGGCUACUAUGGAAUGCAAAACUACAUUGCAUAUCCGGAGAGUGGUAUUGCCUAUAAUCCAAAUAUUCCAGGUUGGAAUCCGUACUGGCAAGGCUAUUAUCAACAAAAUCAAUUCAAUAAUUAUAACCCAUAUGGAUACAAUCAACCAUAUUUGUAUGGUAGUGGUCAAGGCAUACCGUACGGAGGAUUAGGCAUGAACAGUGGAUUUCCUUAUAGUAAUCCACAACCCUACAAUGGAUAUUAUCCAAGCGGAGCUGGGAAUCAGUGGUAUCCGCCUGGUAGCAAUUUUGGUGGACCACUGCGCUCAGGUGCAGUCAGAUUAAGAAAAGCUAGUAAUACCGGUCGAGCAAGUUCAGUCAAACGUACUAAUAUACUAGCAUCACCACCGAAGAAUCCAACAAACGAAUAA